UACUCCACUAAUAUCUUUUGAAGAACUCACCGCACAUUUUACCCCGGGGGUUUUCCUGAAAAGUCUUGUUCUGACUGCUGAAAAAUUUCCCCUCCCUCCCCAAAUAUGGUUAUCAUCUGGUGAUCUAAUGAAAGGAAAAAUGCCUGAGACAUCUGGGGAGGGAGAAGAAAAGGACAUGUGAUUACGUGACAGACAGAAAUUUGGGGGAAAUCCAAGGGACUCAGGGUAUUAUCUUAUUAAAUAGAAGAAAAUCCAUCUCAUUCAAGGAAAGAGUCAGAGCUGUGCAGUACUGCUGAGAUGGUCAUUUUAAAGCUGCAGCAGAACUACCUCUUCUGAAAGUCUAAAAGAGAAGGAAAUAGAGCCACUCAUCCAUUUUGACAAGACUUCCCUUAACAGUGGACAAGUGGAAGGAAUCAUGCCACCUCAGCACCCGCUGCUUAGUAACACUCUGCCCCAGUUUGUGAGUCUGGACUUCCCCCUGGACCAUCUGCUGGAGCAGCUGAGACCUAACCUGAAAAUCAGGCAGCAGGUGGCUGAGCUGGAAACCCGCCAGAAGACCUUGGAGAACAUUGUCUCGGUUCUAAGCCGGGAGCUGGGCAGAAAAGAAGAGGCCCCUGAGGUCAGGCUUGGAGAAGCUCUGGCCAGAAUCCUCUGUCUGGAGGAGAAAAUAGAACAGCAAGAUUCACUCUUGGCUCUGAAAGAUGUGAUGAUCAGCAACUUGGUAUCCCGGAUCCAGGCCUUGGAGCAAACAAGCUAUGAUGGGUGUUUCCUCUGGAAGAUCCCCAGAGUGGCGAUUCGAAUGCAGGAAGCGCAAAUGGGCAAACGGCCUGCCCUUUAUUCCCCCCCAUUUUAUACCACCCGGUAUGGCUACAAGCUCUGCCUGAAGCUUUUCCUGAACGGAGACGGGACCGGUGCUGGAACUCACCUUUCGCUCUUCCUGGUGGUGAUGAAAGGAGAACACGAUUUCCAGCUGAAAUGGCCUUUCCGACAUAAGGUGACCUUCACUUUGUUGGAUCAAGUCAACAAUCGUCAUGUUUCCACCUCCUUCCGUUCCUUGGAAUCCUCGUCUUCAUUCCAGCGGCCCAUCAACGAAACCAACGUGGCCAGUGGCAUCCCUACGUUCUACCCCUUGAACUCACUCCACGAACCAGGGACUGGCUACCUCCAUAAUGACAUGUUAGCCAUUCAAGCUGUGAUCGACACAAAGGCUUAAACUAAUGGACAACACCCAGUUGCUCCGACAUGAUGGAAGGCUCCAAAACAUCUUGUCGAAAGACAGAGCUACCCUGCUGUAUUUUCUUUUUCAAACUCUACUCAACAAGGCUACAGUUGAGAAAACUCUGUGGGGCUUAUUCAACCCCUUCCCUAUCACUCAUGCAAUAGCCCAGAGAUUGAAGGACUCCCUAAAGUCUGUGCUCCUAAUGCAAAUUUGAACCCAUUAAUUUAUUCUAAGAUCUGGAUACCACAACGGGAUUGGUAUGCAGAAUCCAAAAUAUUCUGUCAAGGGUGAAAAGGAGAUAUAAAGCUAAGGUUUUCUGCUGCAAAAUCCAUUUCUAGUGUUUUGAAAAGUAAAACUAUUCUCUCUUCACAUCCUUGCCAGAAGAGGUGGACCUAUUGAUGUUUUGUUGACUAUUAAAUGUAUUUGUCUUAUUUCUUAUUA